AUUGCGAUGAGUUUUGGAACUCACCCGGAACUUCCGAAUUAGAUUGUAGAGUGUAGACGAUAAGAUCAAAUACAAUAGAAAUGUUUUUUUACUUUGCUGAUGCAAAAGUUGGACAUUACAAACGAUCACUGUUUUUUUCAUUGCCGGUGCUCCGAUAGCAGUCCAGAAAUGUGUUCGCGUUGAGUUUUUAUUAUUUUUUAAUUCGCGUUGAGUUUGACUGAAAAGUGCAUUUUUAGUCCAGCCUAUCCCAAUCCCUGGGGAUGGCGAGCGAUUAUUUCUUGAUUAAGGACAGUUUGCGUUAAUACGUAAUAUGAAAGGAGUGCUCAAUUUAAAGGGUUGAUAGUGUUGCUAGUGCUACAAAGGCUUCACAGAAUGUUGAGGUUUUUAUCGAGACGAAGAGGCCGUAGCGUCGGUGGACAAACAACAUCUUCCCAGAUCAAGAAUCAACGAUUGUUAAGCAACAAGAAUAUCGUGCAAUGCAGAGUUGUACUGUUAGAUGGAACAGAUUUGCCAAUCGAGUUGUCGAAAAAAGCAUUGGCGAGUGAUCUGUACGAACAAGUUUUUUACAGUCUAGAUUUGAUAGAAAAGGAUUAUUUUGGUCUCCAAUAUACCGACAGCAACAAUGUUCAACAUUGGCUGGAUCCUACCAAGCCUAUUAAAAAACAGGUUAAAAUUGGACCACCAUACACCUUGCGACUAAAGGUGAAAUUUUAUUCAUCGGAACCUAAUACACUUAGGGAAGAAUUAACUCGUUACCAAUUUUUUCUACAAUUGAAACAAGAUGUCUUGGAAGGAAAACUUCACUGUCCUCAUCAAAUUUGUGUACAAUUGGCAGCCUUAGCCCUUCAAUCCGAACUAGGUGACUACGACCCAGAAGUGCAUAGUGCAGUUACCGUGUCAGAGUUCCGUUUCGUUCCCGGCCAAACCGAGCAGAUGGAGCUCGAAAUUCUAGAAGAGUACGCAAAAUUGUCGGGCCUCACGCCUGCUCAAGCAGAGUCCGCGUACUUGAGUAAAGCCAAGUGGCUGGACAUGUAUGGAGUGGAUAUGCACAUAGUGUUGGGAAAAGAUGCUUGCGAAUAUUCACUUGGUCUCACUCCGACCGGAAUUCUAGUUUUUGAAGGGAAUCAGAAGAUAGGUUUGUUUUUCUGGCCCAAGAUCGGUCGCCUAGACUUCAAAAAGAAGAAGCUGACUCUCGUUGUGGUGGAGGAAGACGAUGAAGGGAGAGGAGAGCAAGAGCACACUUUUGUCUUCCGUUUGGUGAACGAGAAGGCCUGCAAGCACCUGUGGAAGUGUGCUGUGGAGCAUCAUGCCUUCUUCCGACUUCGAGCUCCAGUUAAAGGUGCCAACGGUCGUCAGAACUUCUUCCGCAUGGGAUCCCGAUUUCGUUACAGUGGCAAAACGGAAUUUCAAACAACACAACUGAAUCGAGCUCGUCGCACGGUGCAAUUUGAACGACGACCGAGUCAACGAUACGCCAGGAGGCAAAGCCAUGUUUUGAGAGAACGCCAACGACAACAAGGAGAUCCACCUCGUCAACAGCCGCAGCAGCAGCAGCAACAACAACAGCGCCAAACAUCCUCUGCAGCUGUUUCAGAAGAAGAAUCCAUCCAACGGCAGUCGAGUAGAUGCAGUACGAAAUCCUCUGACUCGAGUAUUCAGGGAACUUCCUCUCCACUAGUAGAUUCACUUAUGAAGUCGCUUGCAAAAGAUCAGCAGCCUUUGGAACCUAGAAACCAAACAACGAUUGCAACUACGCAGAAAGAGACUGAACCGAUUAAAGCUAAUUUAACUAUUGAAAACAUUAAUAACCAACAGACACCGAUAGUACCUAAUAACCAAGUGAGUGGUGCUUCCGUGCUGCCGCCCCGCACGCCGAUCCCUCCAGAGUCGCUCAAGUGCAAUAUACUUAAGGCAAAAUCCCUAGAACUUGGUAAAAAUUCGAAUCUAAUUUCCAUUUCAACUGCUGAGGAUGCACCCGCCCCCGAAAAGACUCAACAUUCCGAAGCAGCCACCAUAGUUUCAGUGGGCGGAGACAAAUUGACUCUCAACGUGAGCGGAACCGUACCAAGUCCGUCGAUUGAUGAUUCCGUUACAGUGACUCACUUUUCUCUCGACAGUUGGGGCAAAAUAGAGCAAAAAACUACGCCUUUCAGUCCAAAAGUAGUCAACUCACAAAACCCUUUCACAAAUCCUUUUAUGAAUAAUACCACUAUGGAAGUGACCGAUGGUGCGGACGAAAUAAUUGAGGGGAAAAAGGAAGAAGUAGAAGAAGUGAAAGUAAAUACGAACCCCUUCAUAGACUCAAAUCCAUUUUUGGGAUUGCUCAACCCUUUCAAUGAGAUUGGUUUCUCGCAAUCACAAAAUCCACCCAAUAGCCCCACGGAGACGAAAGCAGAAACGGAAAAUUCGGAUGCAGAGAACGGUAAUGCCAAGGUCGUUAAGACGGAAGAAAUUCAAACAACGACGACCAUGGUUACGCAUAAGGAUGACAGUCCAGCAGCAUCAGACAUUAGUCCCUGGUUAGUUGCGGAUCCAUCGCAAUCGCCAACAACUUCCCAAAGUCCAACCCAGCUCACGCUAAUCACGAGGAAAACCGUCAUCACGACCCAGUUGUAGACAUUUCCACCACUUUGAAAAUUCACAAGAAAGUUUUUCUGCAUAUAGAAAUAUCCUUGGUACAAUGAUGCUCUUUUUGCAUUUAAAGGGAACUUGAGAAUAUGUGCACGUAGUACUUUAAAAGACUUAAUUUAAGAUUUUGAACUGAGAUUAAAGAAAAAAAGUAAGCACGAAAUACAUUCCGAUGGUCGUCGAUGUGCUUUUCAAAAGUCAUCAUUGAACAGAGAGAUUGCGACUUUUUAUUUGAUAACAAUUGAUGAAGAUUCAAUGCUAGUUAAAAAAAAAAACUUUUUGAUAUACAGGUAAUUGCAUUUAAAAUAAAGACAAAAGCUGUAUAAAACUGUGAUCACGAGAUUAGAGAGUAUGAUGCAUACCUUACGAGGCUAGAAAACAUAAUUAGCAUGUUUUAAACUUUUUAAAGACUACUACUGCACUUCUCAAUAUAAGACUUGAUGUGUGUGCCUUUUAAAGUAUAAACAUCGACUUUACAGUUUGCCAAUUUAUUCAAGACUUUUUUUAUUUACAAGAUUCAACAGACUGUCCAAGUCAUUUUGAAAAGUUUACGAGUUUCUAUACUCUAUUUCUUUAACGUCAACUAAAGUCUUCUGCAAAGAUUUCCACGGAUUUCAGGGAACUAAAAUUGUUUUGUACUGAAAUCUUAUCGAAAAUCGAAGAAAGCUGUCUGCCUUAAAAUUACUAUAUUUAUUAUUUCACUUAUUGUUAGGAGCAUGAAUGGAUAGUAAAUUACUGUUACGAAAUAUGGUACUUAUUUUUAGAUAAGAUUACUUCACGUGUGAUUUUCAGUGCUAUCAAGCGUCCUAUUUUUAUUUCCAUUGUAGCGUAAACGGCUGCCUCCUGAAAUUAUUCAAUUGCUUGGUAACUAAUAGUAUACUUAUUGAAUACAGUCGAAUAAGAAGAAUUUUGUUAAAGAAGAAAAAUAAAUUGCAAACCUAAUUUGUGAUGUUCCGCCAGAAAAGGGCCCAAUCUGUGAGCAUGGCGUUUCAUUUAGGGCCAUAUAGCCUAAUAAGUUCAAAGCAUUUUUUACUUAGGCCGAAUCCUCUGGAUUCAAAGACGAGUCGCCUGGGAACUUUUAAAACUGCAACUUGGAAAACCCGCGUUUCGAGAAAAAACCUCAACUCUCGAUAUAAGAACCCCCGGUUUAUUAUAUUCGUAGAAAUGAUGGGCCCUUUACAGUUUGUUUACGUUUGGAUUCCCCCGAUUCAGGAUCAAGGCCACUGCAAGCCGUGCCCGAAACCGUACUUAUAUCGGGAUUUGAGUGUAUAAUAUUACGAGAUAGAGCAUUGAUUGAAAAAAAUGCAAACGUGAAAGUGGGCCCUUUCCUUGCGGAACGGCAUAUUAAUACUCUGCCAUAAUAUUAAAGAUACUUAGAUAAUGAUACACUCGCAACUAUAGUACGUAAUGCCUCUUUAUAUUGUUAGCAUUCCGAAUGUUACAAAGACCAAAAUUUUGCUAGAAGAAUGCACAUUGAACGGCAUAUACAUAUAUAAUUCCAAAGCCUAAUAUAUGUUAAACAAUGAAGUACAAGGUAAAGUGUGCUAAGAAUAUUAUAUUGGUUGCCUAGUUCUAUUCAGUUAUGCGAGGCGAACACGAAUCAUGUAUAUUUAAAACAUACAGUUAGAACAAGAAAUUAUUUACCUGAGUGAUUUUUAUUCGCCGAAAAUGCCUUAAUGCUUGGUGUGUUAAUUUAUAUAAUCAUAUAUUGCAAUAUUUAAUUAGCAUAUUAAUUAUUUUGAGCUCUAUAUAAAACUUAAUCGAUUAAAUUCACAUAAAAGUCUAUUUAAACUUUCAACAAUCUACGAUUGUCGUAAGAAUUUCAGAAUAUGCCUUAUAAUUCGCCUUAAUUAUGUAAAACUAUUUCAAAAUUUAAGAGAUUUAUGAAGUCGUAAUAGUCGAUUUUAAUGUAGAUAAUAUGAACAGAUAAAAAGCUACGUUGUCAAUUUUAUAUGCAAUUUCCAGCUUUGUUUACGCUUUUAUAUGUGAGCGAGCUCAACAUUAUAAAAUGGAUGGGUUCAUUCGCUUUUUGUCUGUCU